AUGGGUAUCGUAGAGAAGACUCUCAAUCAGGCUACGGAGUACCAUUUGGGUCUGCUCAAGGCGAAACUUGCUCGGUACCGUGCACAGCUCCUUGAACCCACGACAAAGUCCUCCGGAGGUGGAAGCGGAUUUGACGUCCAAAAAUCAGGCGAUGCAAGGGUUGCCCUCAUCGGAUUCCCUUCCGUCGGCAAGUCAACGCUUCUGAGCAAAUGCACUCACACUCAAUCAGAAACAGCGGCGUAUGAAUUCACGACGUUGACCGCAAUCCCUGGUGUCAUUGAAUACAGAGGAGCGCGUAUACAAUUGCUCGAUUUACCCGGAAUCGUUGAGGGUGCAAGUCAAGGACGAGGGCGAGGGCGACAAGUCGUCUCAACGGCUAAAACGGCUGAUCUUAUUCUGAUAAUGUUGGAUGCCACGAAGUCAGAGGAGCAACGUCGCCUGCUGGAAAUUGAACUGGACGCGGUCGGCAUCCGUCUCAACAAGCGGAAGCCAGACGUCGUGUUCAAACGAAAAACAACUGGAGGCAUCACGCUAAAUACGACAGUAAAGCUCACAAAAACCGACGAGAGGACGAUACGAUCUAUCUUAGCCAGCUACAAGUUGCACAACUGUGACGUAAUGAUUCGAGAAGACAUUACAACGGACGAGUUUAUAGAUGUUUUAAUUGGAACGCGCAAGUAUAUGCCGUGCCUAUAUGUGUACAACAAAAUCGAUGCCAUUAGCCUUGAGCAAAUGAACAAAUUGGCGCGUGAUGAGCACACGGUCGUAAUCAGCUGCGAAAUGAAUUUGAACCUGGAUUAUCUGAUAGAGCGGAUGUGGGACGAGUUGGGGCUCGUCAAGGUGUACACGAAGAAACGGGGCGCACACCCCGAUUUGACUGAUCCAAUAUGCCUGCGCAGAGGCGCUGACAUUGAAGACGUGUGCAACGGGAUCCAUCGGUCGCUAGCCACUAAUUUCCGCUACGCGCUUGUUUGGGUGAGCCUAUCUACAUCUCCAAAAGUUGAAUGUCCCCUGACUCAUUCUCUGCUCCAGGGGAAAUCGUCGAAAUUUGCGCCUCAUGCCCAGAAAGUCGGGCUGACGCAUUUGGUGCAAGACGAAGAUGUCGUGUCGAUUUUCACGAAGUAA